AUGUCCGACCUAGACGCCUUUGUCCGACCCAGCGUCGGUCAGCGUACGGAGUCAGUCAGCUUCAGCAACCGGCAAAAUGGAAGCCCGAGUGGUGGUGCGCGACCGAUGCUUGGCGAUGACAAACCAUCGAAGGGAUUCGCCACAUUCAACUUGACCUCAAGUAGCACUGCGCUAGCUCCACCAAGCCCAAGCCCAAGCUCUCCCUCUUUCACGUCCAGCAUGUACAUGCCGACAAUGCAUGAGGAAUGGACAUACUCACAAGACUCUAACAGGUCUCGCUUGUCAAACCACUUGCGCAGCCCUCUGGGUCAAGACUGGGCAGCCUCUCACAGACACCGCUCGACUUCGAGUGCGGCGGCUAUGCCGCAUCACCUCUCUCGCGCAUCGUUCACUAGCAAUGGGCAGCACGGUCGCUCCUCAUCUGUCUGGUCUGAUGCCGAUGCGGGCGCUCGGAGACUCGGAGCUUGGGACUCCGGAUCGUACGAGGGGUCUCUCUCAGGAUCUUUGAGGGACGAGGAUGAUGGAGACUUUGGCGACACAUCGCGCUCAGGCGAGCAGACAGCAAUACAAAGUCCAGUCCAUAGGGGUCGCGACAUGCGUCCGGCUGCUCCGGUCGACGGAACUGGCAGCGAAUCAAGAAGGCACUCAAUUUCCGCAGCCCCUGGCGCCUACUCAAAUGGAUCUCAGAGGCGGGCUGUGGGUUUCACUAUCCCGUCACAGAUGUCAACAGCGUCUCGGACGACUUCCGCGGGGCCAAGGCCAUCACAGGUACCUACUCCGAGAGCUGGAGGCUCAUCCCUUUUCAGCAGCGGAGGACUUGCCUUCUCGGAAGAUGACCUGGUCUCAGAGCUGAGCACUCUACAUCUGAAUCUAAACGAGGUGGCGGAGAAGCAAGAGGCCGAGGCUAGAGAGCAAGCGAGACUAGCUAAUUCCAGAAUUGGUCAGAUCAAUUUGCGUGUGCCUUCUUCCAUUGCUGCGGCGACGGGCGAGCAUGCAUCGUCCAUGCCGAGUCGACUGGGCGAGCAGGAGCAUGCACUUGGGAACGGGGCCAACAUCGCUACCAAUUAUGGGAGUCCGUGGAGCGCGCGACCAAGACAGACGGAUCUGGCUGCAUCAUGGGACCUGCGUACCCCCGCUUCUUCCUCCCCUCAGCGUCACAAUGGCUCUGACUUUCAGCCUCGUCCAGGUCCGAUCGGCUCGGCAAUCGAUAGUGAAAGUGUUCCAAUCGAUCGCAGCUUUUCGGGCACACGAGGCCGCACCCCUUCAGUGUCGUCCUCGCUCAGCGGUCGCUCCGACUCUCGUGGUCCUCUGAGCCCUCCUGGACACGCCUUCCGAGCGAUGGAUCCUCAUGCGCCCAUACAAGGCUGGUCGAACCAUCUAACGGCUCCUCCCAGUGCUAGUCUGCAACACUACAAUGACCAAUUCGAGCCAUUCCCUCACGAGGCUCAAAUCAGGGUCGGUCCCACUGGACAAUCGCGCUUUGUUCCCAUGGCACCCCCCACUGCGCCGCCUCAUCUGAAUGGAGUGCCGAGUCAUGCGCAGAUGCAAAGCCUCUUGCCGCUCGGGGUGCCUCCUAAAAUCGCGGCGACCAACUUGCAGCCGCUGCCAGAUACCACUUUGACUGGGCUUGCAACCCUCGGGCCCAUCCCUGUGAGUGGAAACGGGCCAGCUGGCGCCAGAGCAAACGAAGGCCCAGCAUACCUGCAAGAAUUCGGCAAAGGUGUGCCAUUGCACUCGCUUCCACCAUCUCAGCAGCUUUUCUUAUGCGGCUUCAAAGCGGAUCGCACAGACAUCUUCUUCCGGCAACCCAACCUGGCCGGCGGCUUUUCGGAAGAGGAGCAGAUUGGCGUUGGCGACCUGGUCGUGGUCGAGGGCGACAGGGGCAAGGACAUCGGUACUGUGGUCAACUGCAGCAUCACGGCAGAGCAGGUGGAGCAUUUCCUUGCCCACCAGAAUGAGCUGUUGGCGCUUGCCGGCAAGGCUGAUGGCUCUUUGGGAAGACCUGUUCGUGCCAUCAGUCCGAAACGCUUGUUCCACAAAGCCACCUCGGCGGAGCUCAGCCUGCUACCUUCCAAGGCGCAAGACGAAGAAAAGGCUCUGCAGCUGGUGCAGACGAAGGUCAUACAAAGGGGUCUGCCUAUGCAGGUCAUCGCUGCGGAGUUUCAGUGGGACCAUCGUAAACUCACCAUCUACUAUCAGAGCUCUCAACGCGUCGACUUUCGUGAUCUGGUCAAGGAACUUUUCCGGUUGUACAAGAGUAGAAUCUGGCUCGUGCAAAUCUAG